AUGGAGGCCACCCCAAUCACCUCCACUCCCCUUCCCAAGGACACUUCCUUUGCCUCUGCCGCCUCCCCCUACUUCGACUCCCUCUUCCACCACCGCCAACAGAAGAAGAUGAGCAUCACCCAAACAUACUACCUCGCCCACACCGCCCGCAAGAAGCUCACUCGCGAGGCUUCGCGGGCGGACCACGACCUGCGCCUGCUGGUGGGCCACGCCAACAUGCUCGACUCGCUGAUGCUCGACCUGGCCGACGCCGAGCGCGAACAAGAACGCUGGUUCAACCAGACCGUCACCGGCGCCGCCAAGACCUCCUCCCAACACAAUGACCGCGCCCCUCACGUCCAAUGGGCGUCGACGUCGGCCGUGGCCGAGGAGGCCGAGGAGGACUGGGACGCGGAGAACGAGUCUGACCUGGACUCGGAUCUGAGUGACAGCGACGAGGAAGAUGACUCCGACUACGACGAGAACGACUUUGUCAUCAACAAACCCGUCCGCCUGCGCUCUCCACCCCCGCCCCAGCAGCUCACGCCCACCCCCGAGGCCCCGCUGCUGGAGGAUGAGGACGACGACACCGACUCAGACUUUGAGUAUGACGAUGUCGAGGACCUGGAGGAGCUUAGCUUGACGCGGUCGCCAUCGCGGCAGUCGCCGCCCGAGCUGCUGGCCGACUCGUCCGACUCGUCCGACGACGAGGGCAUGCCGCCCUCGCCGCCGCAGCCGGCCCUCGAGACCUUCGACCAGAAGGAGCCCGUGAGCACGGCCAUCCCGCUGGCCGACGACCAAGCACACCUGUUCGAGCCGGGGUAUUACGUGUCACAAGAGCAGAGCACGAUAAUCGAGGCAUUCUAA